GCAGCUAGUCACAGAUGAGCUUGCUAGCAUUUUACAGCAGAAGUCACAAUAGUGACUCGAGGCGGAAGAGACGACGUGAAUAUUUGUAGCUGACUAGCUAGCUACUACAACAUUACUUACUGAACUUUUUGUUAAUUGUGUGUGGCUAGUGUUACUGCCGAAUAUAAGGACAAGACUCGGAAAUCAACGAUUUGCUGUAUCGUUAUUUAAUACGGGGCAGACCACUUCACUCAUUCCUCAUUUUAAAUCUAGAAUAUCAACACCACAAAGAUGGAGGCGCUCCAUGCCCACUGCAUGAAGUGUGUAAACCGGAGGUGUAUGAUCCGCCCAGAGACUGGUGUGUCCUGUGAUCUCAUUGGCUGCCCUCUCGUCUGUGGAGCCGUCUUCCACUCCUGCAAAGUGGAGGAGCAUCAUUUACUAUGCCCGUUUGAAAGAGUGCCUUGCCUCAACACUGGUUUCGGGUGCCCUUUCACUAUUGCUCGGCUCAAAAUGGCUGAACACCUAGAGACGUGCCCGGCCAGUGUGGUGUGUUGCACCAUGGAGUGGAACCGUUGGCCUGUGAGCUAUUCAGACAGGAAGUCCUAUGAGUACCUGAGCAAUGUUGAAGUGGUGGAGCAGCUAGACAUGGCCCUGGCUCUCCAAGAUCAGAGGAUGCUACUGGAGUCCCUCAGAGUCACCACCAACACGUCAAAUAACGGAUAUAAUAAACCAGCUGUGGAAACAAAUGAAAAGAUGGCUGAUGUCGUGUCAAGUGUACCAGAGACUGCAGUUAGUAAUGGAAUGGUUGAAAUGGAUGAGGCUGCUGCUUUGACUAAUGGAGUGAUUGAAAUGGAUGAUGAGUCCUAUAUUUCGGUACACAAAAAGAACUUAGCAGCAACCCUGGAAGUUCUCAGAAGUGCAAAGGACGUCAACUUGAUCAAUGGAAUUAUAAGUGGGGGAAAAACAGAGCGAAAUGGGGUUCUCCAUAAUGGAGAGAACAGUGAUGAUGACUUGAAGAAUGUAGAGAUGGAGAGUGACACACAGUUGGACUGUGAGCUCGGAGCAGUGGGCGGAGUGUCCGUGGACUGUGGAGUCGGAACCGACAGACAGGGAGAUGAGAGCUACUGGAUAGAGCUCAAUGAACGAAUCAAGUCUUCAGAGGAGGUGGAGAAGGACGGCAUGAUGGGUCUAGCAGAGGUGGGUCCUCCUCCUCUCAGUAACGGCUUCCACCAUACAGGAGACGACCACAAUCACUUGAGACGACGUGAGCGGAUGGAUCUGAGCAGAUCUCCACCCAGACGCUCAGAAGUCAACAGGUCUUCAGACUUCAGGCCGGUGCUGCCUUAUCUCUCCAUGCCUAACAUAGUAGCACCACGGGAGCCCUCUGGGCCCCACCCUCCACCACUACCCAUCCACCUGCCUCUUCCCAUGCCUCUCCCUAAUCUGGAACCCUACAACGUGCUCCAGCACCUGCCCUUAGAGAUCGAAGACAGGUGGCUGGAGAGGAAACUACAGAACCUCCAGGUGCUCCGAGGGAUGAGUGUGUUUACGUUUAACGGGCGCAGGGCUAUGAUGUCUGAUCCCUAUUUGUUCAGAGCUAAAAUGGAGGACAAGUCAGUGGACACCUCAGACCUGGAGGUAACUGACGAUCCAUUGGGGCUCCAUGGGAUCGACCUGAUCACGGCAGCGCUGCUCUUCUGUCUGGGGGACUCCCCCGGGGGCCGCAGCAUCUCAGACAGCAGGUUUGUAGACGGUUAUCGCGUCGACUUUGGUACCCAGACCUUCUCCUUCCCCUCGGCAAUACUGGCCACUAACACCAUGGUGGGGGACAUCGCCUCAGCGUCGGCCUGUGAUCACGCCAGCCCGCAGCUCUCCAACCCCAGCCCCUUCCACACCCUCAGACUGGACCUGGUGCUGGAGUGUGUGGCCCGCUACCAGACCAAGCAGCGCACCAUGUUCACCUUUGUGUGUGGACAGCUGUUCCGCAGAGAUGAGUUCUCCUCGCAUUUCAAAAACGUUCACGGGGACAUCCACGCCGGGCUGAACGGCUGGCUGGAGCACCGCUGUCCCCUGGCCUACUACGGCUGCACCUACUCCCAGAGACGCUUCUGUCCCUCCGUGCAGGGCUCCAGGAUCAUCCACGAUAGACACCUGGGCUCGUUCGGGGUGCAGCCGGGUAUGCCUCCCCGGUUCGGAGAUAAAACUCUCCCCAGGAAUGCCUGUCGGUUCGGCUCCACCUGCGACCACCUGAGCUCCCUGCCCUUCGAGGUGCAACAGUAUGUGGCUAGUUUCCUGGAUGGCUUCAGCCUGUGCCAGCUGUCCAGGGUCUCCCGGACCAUGAGGGAUGUGUGUGGCAGCUUACUCAAGUCCAGAGGCAUGGUGGUGCUUCUCUGGGAGAACACACGACGGGCAGAUGGGUCUUCCUCGUGGCAGAUCCAAAACAAGGUGUGGCGAUUCAGUACGGCUUUCGGUACGGUGAACGAGUGGAAGUUUGCCAACAUCGCCAAUAUGGCCGAACAUCUGAAGAAGUGCAAGUUUAACACCAUCACCCGUCGGGACGAGGCAAUCCCUCUGCCCUGCAUGUGCUUCACCAGAGAGCUCACCAAAGAGGGACGCUCACUGCGCUCAGUCCUCAAGCCAGUAUUAUGAGUUGCCCUAUAACAGGGUUGGAGUCCAUGGGUAUGUCUGAAUUGGCAGUCUAUUCCCUAUAUAGUGCACUACUUUUGACCAGGGGCCAUAGAUAUAGAGCGGCAGGUAGCCUAGCGGUUAAGA